AACAAUCAAGAAGGGAGAUAGGCAGAUAACAGGAAAACUUAGCUUCAACAGAGGCAAGCCACUAGAUCAACAUGCAGCAGACAUCUUAAAUCUUAGCCCACCUAAACACAAGACCUAUGAAGUGAUCAUUAGAAG